AUCCCAUGGGCGAAUCCUCUAAUUGCUCAAGUUGAUCAUCGACUGCUGGAUCCAGUUCAAAGAGCAAGCCAAACAGCAAGCUUUUGUGGACCCGUGGUCAUGUGGUAGUGUGGUACUCAAUAGCUGUUCAUGUUCUGCACUGUUGUUAGCACUGAUAACCUCCCAGUUGAGCGCAAGCAGGGACCAACUGCUGCCGGCGGCAGAUUUCUCUUGAAAAAGAGCAGGAGAUUGGGAUUUGGAGGAGGACGCCGAGCAGCGCUCAAGCGUGGGGCAAGGCACCGACUCCGAAUCCACAAACUAACCGAACCAGUUGCCAGGGCACGCGUUUUCGCCAGGAAUACCCGUGGUUGCCCGUUGCUGUCCACCAAACGGAAAUCGAGCCCGAACAGGUCACCAACCAAACCCGGGGUAGACCGUUCGGCCGCACUGCUAUAAUAGCCUCCUCGCCGCCCACGCAACGCAACUGUCCCCACAUCGCCGCGCGGAGGAAAAAAAAAAGAUUCCCCUUUGCUCACCGGGAAGCGCCGACGCCGUUGAUGGAUUUCGGAAGGACCAAAGCUGCCGCCGUAGCCCUGACGUCCGAAUCGACCUCCGCCUCGUCCCGUCUGCUCUUCUCGGCCCCCGCCACGCCGUGGUUCCGGGAGCUGUGGGUCAACGCCUCCAAAUAACGGCUCUUCGAGAGGAGAACACUGGUGGAUUUCUCAGCUGGUGGUGGGAAAUAAAGCGACUGGCCCAGCAUCCUUGUGAUAGCGAUCACAGCAUCGUCAGCUUCUUCAGUUUCAGCUGAAACUAGACUGAUCAAGAAGGUGGCCAGCCGUCGAAAUGCAUAGACAGAAGAUUGCAAACUCUGGGUGGGCUGCGUUUGAUCGCAAGUGGCGCAGCGCAGAUGGCAGUGGGGAUGAAGGUGAUGCUGAUUCAUUUCCGGCUCUCUCAAGUUUUGGAGCCCCCAAUCUUGCUAGCAGCUCCAUUACAGAAAAGAAUGGGCUGAAACCAAAGCCUUUUGCUUCAGUGGUUCGCCCUUCUGUUGAUUCAGGAGCUGUUAGUAAUGGACGUGGAAAUAAGAAUUCUGCUAAUCAUGUGGAGAAUGGGAAUCACGGUGCAAUUUCUGCAUCUGUUAAUAAAGUUAAGCUCUUGAAAGAUGCACACAGUUGGGCUGACAGUAAUUUAAUCGAGGAUGUAUUAGCUGCUGUGAAUAAUGAUGUCAGCCAAGCAUCUGAUUUGUUGAAAGCUAUGGUCUCUCCUGACUUGCAGACUGGAGAGGAUAGAACAUCUGACCAACUUGCUGCUGUGAUGAAUAACACACAAGGAUUACCAUCAGAAAGUGCUGGAGCAGGCAAAGCAAAUCCAGAUAGCUCAAAGUUGUUGCCGCUGCCGCUGCCGCCGAUGAAUUUUCCCUCUAUACCCUUGGAGCCUGAAUUGGAAGAGAUUGAUGAUGAUUACUUGAACUACCGGAAAGAUGCACUGAAGAUGAUGAGGGCUGCCACAAAGCAUUCCCAGUCUGCCAGCAAUGCAUUCUUGAGAGGUGACCAUGCUUCUGCCAAGGAAUUUUCUCUCAGAGCUCAGGAAGAGCGUGCAGCUGCUGAAAAGCUGAAUAACAAGGCAGCAGAAGAAAUAUUUCGCCUCAGGAAUAGCAGUAAUGACAUCUGGAAGAUAGACAUGCAUGGUCUUCAUGCAUCAGAGGCUGUGACAGUAUUGGAGAGGCAUCUCCACAUGAUAGAGUUCCAGCAACCUGGGAAUAAGUCAGCUUCAACUGAGGACUUAGCUAAGUUGGAGUCUGCAUAUUCUGAAUCAACCACUGGUUUAAACAUUGAGCUUGCCGCUGAGAAGGUGGUCUUACGUCGGCCUAAGCAGUAUAUCUUACAUGUGAUCACAGGGAUGGGUAACCAUAGCAAAGGGCAGGCUUCACUGCCUGUUGCCGUUAGGGGUUUCCUUAUUGAGAACGGGUAUCGAUUUGAUGAGCUGAGGCCUGGUGUUUUUGCGGUUCGUCCGAAAUUCCGCCGCAGGUGAACGUGUAGAAGUUUGUACAAUUGUAACAUGAUGUAUGUAUCAGUUGUGCCGACAUAGCCACUGCCUAUGAAACUAGAAUGGCAGGGUGGGUAAUAGGAAAUUCCAGCAACUUUAUUUUUCCUUGAUUAAUAAAGCGAAUUUGUACAUCUGUGGUGUUCUUUAACCUCCUUGAACAGUAACUUCCUUCCCACUUGACAUGCGAUUUGUGAUUGUAACAAUGACCGUAAUUGUGCUAGUUUACGGCAAUGGCAUGCAAUGUUGUACUGCA